CUAUAAACAUCUGUUUACUUAUGGUUUUUAAAACGGUUUUAUUCAGUUCUAUAUUAUAAGAUAAUAUAGUUGUCGUAUAUAAUUAAGUUUAAUAGUAUGAGCAAWGAGUUAUAUAUAUAAUUAAUUAAUUAUAAUGAUAAAAGUAAAUGUAAAAUAAAUAAUACACAACCUGAAUGGUGCAUGAAACUUUGCUCAAAGAAACACACUUAUCAUCGUYGUUUUGAUGAAGACAUGACCGAGUCCAAGGUAGCACAUUUUACUCGUGAAUCGUGACGUACGGAACCAUAAUAAAGUUUCGAAACAUAAUUUAUUUCCGUACGAAUAUUUAAGGCAUUAAAUAAUGUCCGUUCCGAAAUAAGCCGAACUAAAACAAAACAAUWAUGAAGCUCUCAAAAAAAUCUACAAUUGACGAUACCAACAUGGCCGAAGAAGUGGACGCGGAACACGAAAAAUGGCAAAAAAUGAAUUUCAGCUCAAAAGUUGAAUAUAUAAUUAAAAACAUAACUGUGGAGCCUCUGCUCGCAUUUUUCAUCGUGUCAAGUGUACUUGGCAACCUCACCACACAAAACCUAAACUUACAAAAAUCAUGUAGGGUCAAUUUAAACAUGAGCGACGUAGUUUGCAGAGCAUUGGAACAACGGAAUAAGGCCAAUUACACUCUUGACCAGGAGGCAAAAGUCCAGGGGCUGGUCACCGACAUGACAAUGUGGCAGUCGGUAAUACAACACACUAUACCGUGCAUAUUCGUAAUUUUCAUCGGAUCCUGGAGUGACAGGACCCGAAARAGGAAGCCGGUUCUGCUGUUACCCAUUUUCGGAGAACUCGUGCGGGUUUUGGGUUUAUUGGUUUGUGUGUUCUAUUUUUACGAACUACCGAUGGAAGUCGCAGGUCUGGUUGAAUCCGUGCCCGGGUCACUAACGGGUGGUUGGAUGAUCAUGUUUAUGGGUGUGUUCACGUACAUUUCAGACGCAACCACGGUGAAAAUGAGGACUCUUAGAAUUGGAGUGCUUAACCUAUCUUUGACCAUAGGAAUAUCUUUUGGUAUAGCCUUGUCUGGUAUUCUGUACCAAAAGCUCGGUUUUUAUGGAAUUUAUUCAAUAUGUUCAACUUUAUACUUCCUGGGUAUACUCUAUGGAUUUUUUUAUCUUAAAGAUGUAAAAAAUAGCAAUUCUCAARCCGUUUGUGAAGACAAUAAAAUUGAUAAAAAACAGUCAUUCUCGACAAACGUCAAGGAGUUUUUUGAUCUAAUACACAUUAAAAAUGCCUUUAAGGUGACUUUCAAAAAAGGUAAUAACAACAGAAGACUCCGGCUUUUGAUGAUGAUGGUAGUUCUCAUGAUAAUAAUGGGYCCUAUGACAGGUGAAAUGUCAGUUAUGUACUUGUCUACYAGAAUACGAUUUAAUUGGGACGAAUUAGAUUACAGUAUGUUUUCUACAUUUACUAUGGUCACUGGUUUUAUUGGAACAUCAAUUUCGUUAUGGGUUUUCAGUCACAAAUUGAAAAUGGAUGACGCAUUGAUCGCUACAAUGGCAUGCAUCAGUAAAGUCAUUGGUAGUUUUGUUUUCGCAUUUGCACCCAAUAAAUACAUAUUUUAUUUGGGCCCAAUUGUGGAAAUUAUUCAUGGCGCUGGUUCCAUUGCAACUAGAUCCAUAUUCACCAAACUUGUCACUCCUGACGAACUUGGUCAAGUAAGUGCUGUAGUAGGAGUUUUUGAGGCUUUUGUCCCAAUGAUAUAUGUACCGAUGUACAGUGCGUUUUAUAAAGCAACGAUGAAAACUUUCCCAGGAGCAUAUUUCCUUCUGGGUGGAGGAUUAACWAUACCAGCAGUUUUCAUAUUUUUGUGGAUGUAUAAAGGAAAUAAAGAACAAGAGGCACGUGAUAUAGAAAAUAAAAAAUCUGAAAUAAUGCAGAAAAAUUCUGAAUUAACGAACGAUACAAUAAAAAUUCCUAAACUAUACGAAACGUCAGAAAAAAAUAGUUACGAAAACUCAGGAUUUAAAUCUGACUAA